CAUGUCCCACACCGCCCCUCACACCCACACGCAGCCCGCCCACAGGCGCGCCCCGCCGGCCAGGGAAGGGGGCGGUGGCAGCGGCUCCUCCCCCCGGGGGGCGGGACCGGGGCCCUGUCCUGCCGCCGCCCCCGACAAGCGGGAGCUCGCUGGGCUGCGGCGCCUGCGUCCCGCCCCCGCGCAGGUCGGAGCCGGCAUGGCGGCGGCUGGUGCUGUCGCCUUCCGCGUGGCCCGGAGCCUGCGGCUGCGCCCGGUCUGUGGGGCACGUAGGACAGUGCAUGCUGUCUUUUUUCCUGUAAUUCAGCUGCACACGACUGGAGCUGUCAUGCGAGUCAGUCAGGAAGAUUUUGAAAAGGCUAAAGAUCAGCUGAAGCUUUUGAAGGAGGACCCUGGUAAUGAAGUAAAGUUGAAGCUCUACGCAUUGUUUAAACAGGCUACCGAGGGUCCCUGCAGUUCUCCGAAGCCUGGCAUGCUUGACUUUGUCAAGAAGGCCAAAUGGGAUGCAUGGAGUUCACUUGGCAGUUUGUCUAAGGACAAUGCCAGACAGAAAUAUGUUGACCUUGUGUCAGGUUUGGUCUCUUCUGAGUCUUCUAGCCAGGUGAAAGAUACCACUUCGGACAGCAAACAUGUAUAUGAAACCCUACAGGUUACCACUGCAGACAACAUCACUAAGAUAAUGCUAAACCGCCCUGAGAAGAAAAAUGCUAUCACCACACAGAUGUACAGAGAAAUUAUUCAAGCACUUGAAGAAGCUGCCACGGAUGACUCAGUCAUAACUGUAAUAACAGGAAAUGGGGAUUAUUACUGUAGUGGAAAUGACCUGAAUAACUUUACCAAUAUCCCACACGGUGGAAUAGAGAAGAUGGCAAAAGAUGGUGCAGUAUUACUCGAGAACUUUGUCAACCAUUUUAUUGAUUUCCCUAAGCCAUUGAUUGCAGUGGUGAAUGGUCCAGCUGUUGGAAUCUCUGUAACUCUUCUUGGGCUCUUUGACAUUGUGUAUGCUACUGACAGGGCCACAUUUCACACCCCAUUUAGUGAACUCGGCCAGAGUCCAGAAGGAUGUUCUUCUUACACGUUUCCAAAGAUAAUGGGCUUAUCCAAGGCAAACGAGAUGCUUCUUUUCAACAAGAAGUUGACUGCAGGGGAAGCGUGUGCCCAGGGACUUGUGACUGAGGUUUUUCCUGACACGGCUUUUCAAAAGGAAGUUUGGAUGAGACUUAAAACUUAUGCAAAUCUCCCCAAAAACUCCUUGGCUCUGUCAAAGCAGUUAAUACGAGGUGUGGAAAAGGAGAAGCUGCAUGCAGUUAACUGUCAAGAGUGUGAACUCCUCAGGGAAAGGUGGUUAUCUGAUGAAUGCAUGAAUGCUAUUAUGAGCUUCUUUGGGAAGAAAUCAAAACUCUAAUUUUUAUUGUUGGUGAAGAUCAAGCUCCUGAAGCUCAUCUGUUUAUCCUCACUGAAAGGAUUUUAAUAAAUGAAUACACUUUUGGGGGGGAGUAAAUCCUAGUUGUGCCUUUUUAUUGAUGUUGAUUAUUACUGUAUUAAUUGUAUAGAAACAAUUUCAUAAAAAUUUUAGUAACUUGUAAGUUUUAUCUUUCUGUCGCCUGACAUUUUAUAUUCAGACAUGAAUUUGUGAUGCCAAACACACUGGAUCCUUCGGCCUGGGUUGUUGGCUGGGAAAGCAUUCAUUGCUUUACAUGCUGAAAUGAUGUCUUUGAAUAUAACUACAGCUGUUUGUCUUCCAGAAGGAGUCAUGGAUUCAAUAGCACCAAAUCUUGAUAGUUCUUGGAUAACUGAGUGAUAGUCAUAUGAUGCUAACAUGUUUCUUUUUAUCCAUCUAAUAUAGGAAAGGAAAUAUAGUAUAAGUAUAAAAUAAAUAUUAAUAUUUGUUACUAA